AUGAGCGAAGAUGCAGGCGAAGAUUUCCGUGAUGUACAGUGUGCCACCAAUCUUCGAGCUUUUCAUGAUAUUCGAGCAUGGUGUAAAGCUGUUAAGAUUUGUGGCAUAAUAACAUCAUUUUGGCUAUUGCUAUCAUCCAUUCUGCUUGGAAUAUUAGUGUAUUUGAUUUACACGAAAACUAAAGAUGGACCAAUUAAAGUUGGCACUGAAGAAAUUCCUGUUUGGAUAUUGUACGCUGCGGCAAUAUUCAUAACUUUGCCAUUAUUUAUUUACGCCGAAGUUGGAUAUAUUCUUUACUGCACAAUGGGAAUUAGCAUAAUAUUGAUUCUAAUUCAUGCAUCAUUCUACAAUACUAAUUCAUUUGUUUUACCGGAGGUAAACGUGGAUAAAAUGACGAAUGUAAACGAUCAUUCACACGUAGCAGCUGUUGAAGGUGCGUCAAAUGAGGGAAUUUCAUCGCAACGUCAUGUUCUAUUUAAUGACAUUAAAGAUGAAGAUAAUUGA